GAGAGAGGAGUCAACUUCUGCGAGGGGAGGAAACCGACGGAUAUUUUUCGCCUGAGCGACAAAAGCCGUCAACUCUGGAAUCAGUGUGCAAGAUGCAUCCUCUAAAGGCAAACCUCGACAAACUUGUCAGGGGAGUAACGCACUGAAGAACAGCACAUCGAAUUUGCAACUCUUUUGCAUUCACUUCUACGCAUGAAGUUAAUCAGAAGACUCGUAGAAGAACAGUAAGACGAUAAAAGAACAAUAUACUAACAUCAUUUUGGGAAGGGCAACUAACUGUUCUAAGGCGUCAUCAUCUGUGACCCUGAACUUAAAGUGGACUAGUAAAUAAAUCAUUGUAAUUGAACAACAGCUAAGUAGCUUUUUUCGAGUCCWUUUGAAUUCUGGGAGGAUUAUCAAGUAAAAACUCAUUAUUUUCUUACCCCGUGGUGACGAAUGACUAUGAAGGCGGUGACAGUGCCACGUUUAAGACUGCGUCUGUGAUGGGCUGAGCAAGCGAAACUGAAGUCAUUUUGUUGGUUUUCUACAUUGUAACGGUUUUAGAGUUAUGACGGAGGUUUUUGACGUGGUCUUGGCCACUAUUCCUUAUAUUAGCAUGUCCCCCCAUAUGCCUACAAGUUAAUGAUUUAUUUGAAAUAGUUAUUUUACCCGGUUCAUGGUGGGCAAUGUUAUUCCAAAGUCCAUGACUUCACUACAACGUCCCACUCCUUCUCAGAAUGCUGGACUGACUGCUGAGGAAUGGCAUCGGCGAUAUUCGAGGGGACGUCUCUGGUCAACAUGUUUGUCAAGGAUUGCUGGGUGAACGGGAUCCGUAGACUGAUCAUAAGUCAGCGAGGAGAGGAAGAAGAAUUCUACGAGAUCAGAACCGAGUGGUCAGACAGAAACGUUUUGUAUUUGCACAGGAGUUAUUCAGAUUUUGGGAGAUUGUUCAAAAGACUGGUUGAAUCAUUCCCUGAGGACAGAAGAGCUCUAUCCAAGUCCCCGCUUAUAGAAGGUCUGGUUAAGAUUAAAGAGGCCAAUGACAUUGAGCUGAAACUAAAUGAGGUGGAGAAGCUACUUAAGAAUGCCAUCAACAUGCCAUGGAAGUAUUCUAGGUCAGAGGUGGUGUUGACAUUCUUUGAGCGAUCACCGCUGGACCAAGUGCUGAAGAAUGACAARGUCCACAAGAUCCAGCCAUGCUUCCAGAGUCCAUACAAGAUAUCAGAGAUCAUGCGUUCCAAUGGCUUCUGUCUGGCCAACACUGAGACAAUCGUGUUUGAUGAGAGUCUGCCACAGGACGAAGAGAGACCCUCAUCCACUGACUCUGCUGCUGGCUCUGCAGAACACCUGUACGAGGAUGGCAGGGAGUUCCUGACGGUGGAACCAGACAUCAGUGACGAUGACUCAGAUGCCUACGUCACAAACCUGUCUUACUACCAUCUGGUCCCCUUUGAGACGGACAUCCUGGAAUGAGGAGCCAACAUGGCUGACGAGGCAGAGAGCCUAAAGAGGAGGAAAAGCACAUAUUUUUGGGCACUGGAGGUGGUUCUGUUGACUGGCUGCGUUGGAGAAAUGGCACCACAUCCUUCUUAAUGCUCCCUAGGAGAGAAGGAAAAUCCCACCACUAGCAACUCUAUGCUGAAAUAAGGAACUGGACUAUUUAAAAGGAAAAUUAUACAUUAUGUAUGGAACAGUUGAUUGUAUUCAUUUCUGUUCCGAGUCAGUCUAGAACGUAGACAUUGAUUCGUGAAGGACCUUGUGCAGUGUGCAUGCAUCCAUCCAUCCAUCCACCAGUCAUGGCUAAACGGUACUCAACCAAUCCCGCGUGGCCUCAGGAGUACCCAACCAAACUCCAGUACUCUGGUCUCUCCGCCACACGCUUUGAACACACCAGUAUGUCAAGUUCAACAAAGUCCGACAUCAGUGUGAUCAUUUGGAAGAUGAUGCUUUUUGUUUUGUUUUAUUACAAGGAUUUUCUAAUUUAAUAUAAUGUUAAAGAGGUUAUUUAUUUUUAUAGUCCAAAUGUUUGACAGACUGGCUGUCAUAUCGCUAAGCUAACCGUGACCCGCCUUGUAACCUUAUUGAUAUGCUUACGGCCAGUGUGAGACAUACUGUAUCUGCUCAGUAUUAUUAAUUAUAUUAAUCUAGAGUCUAAAUCCUGUCUGCAGGGGGCUCUAAACUAACAUAUGGAAUUGUUAUAAYAUGGUCAUACCAAGGAUUAUUUAGCUAUUUGAUUUUGAAUUUUAAGGCUCUUUAAGUUAUCCCCCCCAAAAUAUUAGAUGAAACAUUGAAUUUGGCAUUAGGCCUACUGUUAUUAACCAAUAGAAACGCAUUGAAUAACAGAUGCACUACAUGGAACAGAUAAUUAAAAAAAAUAUUCUAAAGAAGUUUAUUCUGAAGUGUGUCGAAUAUCUGAGAGAUAUAAGAAAGAUCAGGGAACUCUUUUUUAAAAACAUGUAUUUAUCCCCUUAUUUUAGGCACUAAGCUAUCUCCAUAUACACUUCAAUAUAUUAUUUGAAUUGGUACCGGGACCUUCAGUCUUGUGAGGCUUGUGGGUGUCCUAGAGCAAAACGGAGAACAUCGUCAUGUUUGUGAGAGCCUCAGCUUUCCACAGAGGGGCGACCGUUCCGGACGCUACAGACAGAAGUUGGCAUAAGAGGAUAUACUGACUUCAGACGAGUCUUGUGAGGCUGGUGGGAAUGGUAGAGCAAAACGGAGAACAUUGUCGUGUUCGUAAGAGUCAUUUUUCAAUCGUUUGUAGGCCAAACUGUUCGGACGCUACAGAUGUUUUUGUGAGGAGACCGAUUUUCGGGAUGUCUCAUGGUUUGACAAACACUGCACUAGCUCUGCCACCUUUUACCGCGGAUGCGGAUGGGUGAUAUCGGCAGAUGGUGGAUUGAGAUGCAGCCCAUUCAAAAAAAAUAUCUCUAGCUUAAACAGACAGAUUUUUAUGUUUUUUUUGUAUAAUGUUAAUUAGAUUUCCGCAGGGGUGCGGACAUUGUAAGCCAAGGGUUAAUACUUAGAAUCAUUCAUUCUGCAUAUGAUUGGCAGGCUAUGUAACAAUUAUAUUAAAGAUGUUUUGUAAUAAAUGUACCUUGACUGUUACAUUCAUAAUUGAUAAUUGCGGCAAUAUCUGAGAGUUAUACCUUAAUGGAAGAAUGGAAAAUCAACAGGUACUGCAACUCAAGGCGUACAGCUUCAGGAUGUGUGAAACAGGGCUAUCUUGUGGUAGGUAUC